GCGGUGUGGAGGCCGUGCGCUUCCCUCCCGCGUUCUGGUGGUUCGGUCCGGUGGCGCCGACGGCCGCGCUGCGGGCAGCGAGGGGCGAGCUGGCACCGCCGGGCCGCCAUGCGGCGCCGCUGUAGCGCCCGGCAGGAUGGGGUGGGGGCGAAGCGCGGCAGUGCGGGGCCGCGCCGCGAGGCCGCUGCCGUGCGGCCCUGCUGUCCUCUGCGGGAGCCGCGCCGCCAUCCGCUCCGGUCAAGGUCACGGCCGCCCUCGAGGCCCGAGCUGAGCUCAGGCGGGCGUGGCUGGCGGCGCCGGGCCCUGCCGGGUAGCCGUGCCGGUGCCGGUGCCGGUUUGGUGGCGCGACUCGUCUCCGCUUUGCGGCGGGCGCAAGGCCUCGGGCUGGCGGUCCCGGCAGCGGCGCUCAGGGAGCCCCGGACGGAGCCUCCGUGCCCGGUCUGUGGGCGGCAGUUGCGGGAGGCCGGCGCGGCACCGGGCCGUGAGGUGCUGUCACAGAGCUUGGGAGCUGAUUCCAAACCACGUCUGUAAGCCACGUCUGUUGGGCUCUGAGGUUCUUCCACAGUGUGGUUUCUUGCUCUUAUUUCUGUUCUAAAUCUUCUCGUUCACCAAGCAGAAUAAUUUUGCUGCGCCCUUCAAGUUUCUUAUCAUGUCCAAAGCCCGUUUUUGGUAUAGAAGCAUGAGGUGCUGCCUCCUGCCACACCUCACCACUCAGAUAUCGAGCAUACGGCCAUUGGGGGACGGUAACGCCUUGGGAGUAAUAACUGAGCAAUAGUGCGGAGCAAUGAUAGGGCGAACUGCAUGUUACGCUCAGUAGAGGGGAUCUGGAAUUCAGGCACUGUGGGCUCAGCACGGCCAUGCCCUGCCCCUCGCAUUCAGCAUCUGUGUCUGCGCGUGCUAGCCGUUCCCCCGGCCCUUUGUCUCUCUCUUCUUGACGAUAGUGCUGCUGUGGGGAAAAAUAGAGGGAAAGAACAACAGGAUAUUGUCUGCUUCUGGCCCCUGUGCCAACAGUGACAAAAUGUUGUUUUCUCUGCGUUUUCGGGAUUCUGGUUGGCUUUUAUUACUCACGGGUGCGCAUGAACGCGUGAAGAUGUGUUUUUAAAUUCUUGCAGUUACUGUGGAAACCUUGAGUCCCUGGGAGGAAGGUGGUGCCCCGUGUCUGCAUGCGGACGUUCCUGCUCUGGAGGAUGACCCUCUGAUCCGUGCAGAGGAAAAGAGGAGCUCAGCUGUCAAGCACAACAGGAAGGCGUGCGGUGCUGCGGUUUGCUGGGAUGACACCUGCAGAGCUGCCGCAGGCGUGGAAGUGAGCCACGGGCUGCAUGGUAGUGCCGAGGGAGCUGCGCUGCUGCACAAAUCUCCUGCCAAACCACAGUGCUGUUCUGGCUCCCAUUCCCUUUUCUGACACCUGUAGUGAGUCUGAAGCACGCUGCAACACAGACUUCUGCAGCAAGUGCUGAAGUGAAGAGGGCAUGGAGCAGCACUGAAAAAAGCCCUUUUAGCCAUCAGGAUUGCAGGCCAGGGACACAAGCUGCAACUGCGCCGGGGCCACCAAGCCAGGAGCUGGCUGCAUACAGCACUUGAAGGAGGACGAGCAGGGCACAGGUAUAUCUGUCAGGUACUGUCUGUGAUCUUUACCUGUGGAUCUACAGAAGUGAUUCCUUCCUAAACUCACUUCAGAGAAAUAAUUUAAUAACAGGACCUUACCACCUACUGAAAAGAUACAAUGACUGAGUUCCUGGUUUGUUUUAACUGGUGCAACGGUGAGCAGCCCCAGCCGAAGAGGCGUCAGCGAUUGGACCGGAACAUGAUAGGAGAACCAAUGAACUUUGUUCACAAUGCACAUGUGGGGAUAAGAGAGAUGAGUAGUGACUUUUCAUCAGCUGUAUCAAUUCAGGACCACAUGAAGUCUAAAGGUGGCUACACAAAUGGCACUUCUACAGCUGCUGAGUUAUAGGAAAUUGAAAGAAGGCUGACAUCUGCUCUGUCUUACAAAAGUCUUCUGGACUGUGCUUUCAGAUUCACUAAAACCUCUUUAUCAUGGAGUAUAGCGAGUACUUAAGUUAUAAUAGGUCAGUGCGAGCUUUUGCAUUCUUUGCACACUAGCUUCUGAAGGAGUUACUGAAAAUUAUCCUUAAAGUGUUCUGUGAUGGCAGUGCUUUAAUAGCAACUGUAGUUUGUCACUGUGGAUGACUUCUUAGCUGUGUUCCAAAAACCUCAAAGUUGUCUUGUAGGAGGGGAUAGGAAGGCAGUUUAAAUCGGCUGGGGUUUUGGUUUGUUUUUCUCUUCAAGAAAUGCAGAGAUUGAUUUUAUUUGAAAGACAAGAUGUUUGCACUUCUUAUGUGGGAUAAAUUGAAUUUCUAGAUAGGAUGCAGGCUAGGUAGCCUGCAAUACAACUUCUGACCUAAUUUUUGGAUGCAUAACUCUACUGAGCAGUAAUUUGGGGUGGUUUUUUUUUGUUUCUUUGUUUUAUUUCUCCAAGGCUUUUAUAGUGAACAAACUCUAGUUUAGUCUGCAAAAACCAGUGAAACUUCUGCCUUCUGUGAUAAAGCUUUUGUAAAAAUGCAAGUUUUGCAGACCAACCCACUCAGGAAAACAAGUAUUUCUCUCAGCUGCUCCCCUCCAUAGUGUAACUGAUGGGUGUUGAUGCAACAAUGCUAAUAACAGUAUGCUCACAACUGCAUGUUAAUUUUGCACAACCCCUAUUGAAUUUUAAACAAAGCCUACUCUAAGAUCACUUUCCAUUAUAACCUAUUUAUAGCAAUAGCUUUAUGGAUCUUGAAGAGGUAUCUCCAGAUUCUGCCUUCUUAAUUUCAACAUUUUUCCCUCAGAUGAAGUAUUUCUUAUACGUGGUUUUUACUUAAAGUAUGGUUUAAGUGACAGAGACAAGAGAAUAUUAAAUGGAAACUGCCUAUUACAGACUUCCAGCACUUCAUAAAUGCAGAUAUUUAGACAUACCCAAACUACAGUUUUUCACUUAGUUCUUAUUAAUCUUCCUUUUAAGUGAUAUGCUAAAACUACUGAAAUAGAGCUAGAUUUCUCUCUUAUCCAGUCACUGACCACUGCUCUCUGACAAAAUUAUGAGUGAGUAUUGGUGUAGAGACUGUGGAAAUUUGCUUGCUUUCAUAGGAUUAACUAAAUACAAGUGUUUAAAUUUCUGCAAAAUCCUCACCAGUAAAACCGUAAGUUACUGGGACUCUUCCCUUCUUGCUCUAGGCAUAAGAUCAGUCAUCAACCUUUUUCAUUAAAAAUAAAGUAUUUGCCAGCUGGAUUUUCUUGCAAGGGAGAUUUUUAACCAGUAUGGCUUACGAUACUUCUUAAAUCUGAAUGCGUGGCUUUGCUGAAGUUCUGCUCUGCAAAGCAUGUAAUACAGUGUAUUAGGGAAGUCAGAACAUGAAAGGUAGUUCUGUGUUUCUGUGUGUGUUCCCAAAAGAAACUUUUUCCCCAUGCUUCCUUCCCAUAUUUCAUCUUCAAGGACUAAAGAGGAAGAGAAUGAUACUUUCCUUAAUAGUCAACAGCUGAUGGUCACAUUUAACCACAUCAAAAAGAAUUUUAAUGUCCAUGUCUUGCUACAUCCUUACUUUUGAACUAGAAUACAUGUGAUAUUUUAAUACUAUUUAAAAUCACCUUGUUAACCAUAAAUGUAGCUUUUUAAACACUUUCAUAUUUCUGACUUCUAUCCUCAGACUUAUUCCAACAGCCUAGUUAGGAUGCAGAGUUCAAAGAAGCAAAAUUCUAUAUACUGUUGAGAAAGCGUAAAGUGGUCAAGUUAUUUUUAAAAAUAAAUUCUAACUGAUCUGCUAUUACAUUGAAUUUGUGUAUUCAUUAGUCUGUACUUACACAGAAAGAGCAGGGAGAGGAGAGCUGUGAUGAAGAAAAUGGGUUGUAUGUUCUUAAUGCUGGAGGAUAACAAGCCAGAGGAGAAUUAGUACUUCCUGAAGACCCAUUCUGUAUAUUUUCAAGAUAAAGGUGCAGUGUAUGCAUGACCAGAAGUAAAGAGGUUGGGGAUCAUGUUAGUUCUCAUGGCUGAAAAUACAUGGACAGAUAAUCUUGUUAUUACACUUGCCUGUAGGAAAAUUCCAGUCUUCAUUCUAUAAACCAAGCAGUGCUAUCUGGUACAAAACUCAUCUUCAUCACACCGUACAAUAUUAACAAGGGCCAUACACAAGUAAACUCAGUAGGCCUGUUAUUAAAGGAAAUGUUUUGCUAUUGCAUUAAAGGUGCCAUUAUUUUUUAAAUGUAAACAAACAUGAAAGCAUGUCUCAGGCAUUUUCUUUGUUGUAUAAUUAGAAGCAUAUUUAGCUGUAGUCUCUCAUGUAACACAGUAUAAGCCAAACUAGGUCAUAAUAAAUCUGUUGAAAGAGGCACUGCACUCCUUUCAUACUGUGAAUUUCUUGGUAUUUUUCUCCGCACUGAAGAUCUGUUGGCCAGGUGGAUGAAUCAGCAUGGCUUGCAACUUUACUGCACAGAAUCCCAUUUCUCCACUAGAGAGCACAAUUUGCCAUCGAGUCUCUUCUGUCUCUGGUCUGUACAAGUUGUUACGCCAGCAUGGAGGGAUUUUGUUGUUUAUUUUAUUUCAGCCAAGUUAAAAUGAAAAAGAAAAAGGAGUGACUGACACCAAGGGAUCAAACUUGUUGAUCUGUCUUGUAGGCUGUGAUUAAGUCACACCAGUAGUGCUAAUGGCAUUGAAAGGUUGCUCUGUGACUCGAUGGCAUUUUUAUCAUUUCUUUUUCAUACUCAGAAAUAAAGUAACAUGUGAGAGGAGCAGGAUUAAAUCUUUCACAGGGAGUCUGUCAGAGUCUCAGUGCUGUAUCUGCCUUCUUUAAAAAAAAAAAAACAAAAAACAAAAAAACAAAGAGGAGGAGAGGAGCUGUGAUUUCAGAUACUGUCUGUCCAUUUUGUGACGUCCCUGCUGGGCUUUACCAACAAUUCCAUGUUGUUGACUAAGCUUGCAGUAAGCUUGCAGUCAAUUUUUAGAAAAGGUGUUUUGCCUUUCCAUGACCUAAUGCGUCCUUUUAUCUCUUGCUGUGGCCUUAUAAAAAUUGUGUGACAUUACUCUACAUUCCAGUUAUCCUAUAAUAUGGUAACUUGCUACCCAUGCAGUAGGGCUAUUGCUUUGUAUGACUUUGCAUAUUGGACUGCCAGGUGGUUUUGUAGAUUCCAGUAUGCACAGACAAGAAUUGCUUGCUGUGCCAGCAAAAAUAAGCAAAAUUUGACAAUAAAUUCCAUGGAGGCAUGGUUGUGAAAUUUAUUACACGUUACUAAGUACAGUAACAUUACGAGAAAUUACAUCCGCCACUUGAAGAUGGCGUGGCUGCUUGAUUGUCUUUGGAUGUACUUUGUUAUCAGCACUGUGACACUGCUGUAAAAAAAGAUAAGAGUGCUUUGUCUGCCUCUUAUAACUGCUGUGGAGAGAUGAACAGGGGGAAAAAACAGGGUUGUGCAACAGGUGUGUCAAUGAUGUCCUCUGGUGAGUUGGCUCCUGCAAGGCUUUCAGAUGCUUUGUGGUUCUUAAAGCACUACGUUAUAAAAUCAUUCAGGUACAGUUAGGCAUAUGAUUAGUAAUAUGAGGUAGAAGCUAGAUCUUCCUUCCUAGUGUUUCCUUGUGUUUUCUUUUCUCAAGAGAGCGAACUCUUCAGAGAGGCUGGUUAAAAGGAAUACUGGCUAUACACUGACUUGCACAGGUAACUAGAUUGUGCUUCUAGUUUGAGUCGUGAUGGUUGGCUUUCAGUUCUAAGAUUCGUAAGACAGAUAGGGAAGAGUUAACAUCAAAGGUGUGGAGUCCGGAAAUAAAAAUUGGUUCUGUACGCUGCAGAUUGGCGGCAAGGCAGAAAAUGAAGACAAACCAUAAGUAGAACCAUGUUUUGAGAAAAGCAAGGCUGCUUGGAAUAAAUCGCUUACAAUACACAUAUUUUAAAAAAGGGGAGGCUUUGCAUUUUAACUCCUUGCAGUUGUUGUACCACUCUUACUAUGUAUCUUUUUGUGUUAAUAUACGGGCUAGCUCAGUAGAUUUUAGACCCAGAGUGGCAUUUAAUGAUUGAAAUUCACAAUUUUAGAUGCUUCUGUCUAUACCCAAAGUCCCUGCGCACCUAAAGAGAUGCUCUGCAUCUACAGGCAAACUACACAGUAAUGGCUUGUAAGACCAAGCACAGCCUGGUGCAUAAGGCCCAGGCUGCUUCUAUCAGUGGUUUCCCUGUUUCAUACUCAUGUGAUUACAGUGUGUAUAUAUAAGAAGUGUCUCAGUACCAUGCAGAAUGUGAUCUCUCUAGGAACUGGCCUGUUGGAGAGUUGUUUCUUCAACAGAGCCUUAAGGUAUGGAUUUAUCAUAGCAUGCAGCUCUGAGGCAAUGUUGUGUUUUUUGCUACACGAAAAAAUGAAGUCUCUUUGUUUAUUGCUCAGUUCCUUAUAUCCUAGAGAAGGAAGUGGGAGAGGCAAGUACAGGAACCACUGAAAACAUGAGUUAGACAAGGGAAGCAGAUUUAGAAGCCAUGGAGAAAUGCUAUGGUAUACGUAUAUGAGGAAUGAGCAGAGAGCAGAACAUGUGCAAGUUAAUGUUCGUUUCGUAUCACGCGCAGUCCGGCUUUCUUAAUAUCAACAUGGAAAAUUGGUAAGGUGUGUACAAUUAGUAUAUGGAGGAAAUUGGGCACUUAUAUGCAUGACUAAGCUGGGACUUUAUACCCUCCGCUUGCACUGUUUCAUGUAAUGCUGACUGCCAGUGCCACGUCAGUGGAUGCUGGUAUGCCCUUUCUGCAGUGUCUUCAGUCAUAUGAAGAACCCCCAGAUGCUAGCUCUGUGUUCAGCAGUUGCUGACUGAUGGCAUGUAUGAGUUUGGAAGACAAGGCAACAUUUUUUUUAAGACAAAUGUGAGGUUGCAGCUGUUGUAACAGCUGAGGGAGAAUGCUGAGGCCUGAUGCACUCACCACAGCCUCCAUGAACACCAAGCGAAGAAAACUUAGAGUUAAAAUAAUGGUGCUAAAGUGUAUUUGACUUCAGUUCACAGUGCUGCCAAAACCUCGGGGAAAUUAACUGGAUCAAUCUGGUGCUCACUCUGGAAGAGUGUGGACAGGUUGGAGCUGAAAGAUGAUGGAGAUUUCCUCCAGUCUGAUUGGGUCUGAGUGAUUUUCCACUCAGUGCAGGCCAAGAUACCAGGAGGUAACCUACAACAGCUUUCCAGCCAGACCUUUGCUCUUGAUGCUGUGCAAAGAAAGGAAGCAUGAAAGAAACCCGCGAGAGCACUUCUGAGUAGGGAGGGGCAUUACCACCGUGUGUGUGCCAAAAGAGCGCGCAGCGUGAGGUGCUUGACCCUGAACGAGGACUGCUGUCUUCUCCUGGCUGCUUCCAGCUGAGCAAAAUCAUGUUAUAAUUAAGAAUCGUGGCCUUUCAGGGAGUCUGGGGUGCGCUGGUACUCUUAGGGCUCUAUAUCACCUCAACUCAGUGCUAAUGAACUUGUUAAGCAUUGCAGUAUGGCUACUGAACAUUUUGUUCUGUUUUUGUACACCCUGUAACAUGACCAAAAUCCUGAAAUGUUAUCCAGAAAUGUUCAAAUGGGAAGAAGUUUUCUUAAUCUAGUGUUAAUGUGGUUAAGAUGGGUGAGAUGGGCAAGAACAAUUCUCAGCUCCAGGUCAUCAUCUGAAUUGUGAAUUCAGGGCCACAAAGCAGACAAACUUUUCUGAAUUUUAUUAAAUCAAUGUAAGUGGGAAGAUUCUCAUGGUACCAGUUUUUUAUGUUUCCUCAGGUACUUCCAUAUAAAUCCAACCUGGACAAAACCAAGGUUAUUGUUACCAGAUGUCCACCUUUAUUCAGGAAAAAGAAAUUCAAGAUGAAUGAUGUCUUUUAUUGUUAAUUUUCUCAUAUUUUGGAAAAUUCAGAUGGCAUAAUAUUGGACAGAAUAUUUAAUUGCAUAUAUAAUACGUGGUUAAAUGUGUAUGUAGAUAGAUCUUGCAUCUUAAGUAAUGUGGAAGAAAAUAAUCCAUUCUUUUAAACUGAAUCUAGUGGCUUACUGAAGGUUAAGAACUGAACUCAAGACUACAGUUACACUUUUUGGGUAUGCUGAUAGAGCUGACAAUGGCCCGUACAAGUAGAUGACUAAUUUUAGAUACUUCAUCAAAUAAUUAGAAAAAGUGUUAGAUUAUAGGAUUUUUUGUCACAGUAUUUAUAUACAUCUGAUCUUGCUGGUCCUUAAGAAAGAUGUGGACCUUUCCCGUAACUUGCUUGAGCAGAGACCGGAGGUGAAUGGAGACAAAACAGAUGAUGAGUAAUUAACCUCAUCAUAGUGAGCUGUCUGAAACAAAGGAUUUGUACAUCACUCAAAACAAUCCCAUUUUUUGUAUGUAUAAAUCCAUUAAAAAUAAUAUCUGUAAGGUUGUCGAGUCGAGUGCUGAAGCUGCAAAUUAAUAGUGAAAGUAAUAUGCUUUUAAAUGCAUAUUUAUGCAAAAGUUAUCCAUGUUUACUCUCACAGUCUCUGCCAUCAGGGAAUAUUAAAACCUGACUCAAUACUUUUGAGAGUAUGACACAAACUUGAAAAUGUAAUUCAGAAGUAAGGCUUAUAGUGCUUCCUUAAUGCAUGCUAAGGUGACCUUGCUGCAUAAUGGCAUGUGAGGAAGGCUUUCCCUAGUUUCUCUUAACUUUAAACACUACCUUUGAAAACCCCAUUUGAAUUGACUGUUCUCUCUGCUGUAUAAUGUCCAGCAAACUAAGGCACCUCUUGAUUGUGUACAUUAACAUUAACUGAUGCUCAGAUAAGGCUGUUAGUACAUGGGGAGAAGUUGAUAGAUGUGUGUUUGAAUGAAUAAAUACUCCUUAACUGCCAGUAUUACUGUGUUUUGGAUCAUUGUCUUGAGGGGAGAUAGAAGACUGUCAGGCUGUUGCCAUGUGAGUACAUCUCUCAGAGAUGGCAUCUUUCAGAAACAAUGUUCCCUGAGUCACUUUAAUCAAGAGGUUUCACUGUGAAAGAGACAAGAGUUUCUAGGGUGGUAGAAUUUGCUUUGGUUAAACCACUUCCUUUUUCAUGUCACCUGCUUUAUUUUGCACUAUUACUCUGCCCUCUACUUAAUUUUCCUAUGAAUAUAUUUACAUUGAGUGUUUGAGUCACUGUUCUCUCUUAGUUCUUAGAAAUUAACACAUUAAAAAUUCCUCAAUCCUUUUGAAGCUUGUGUGUUAAUUAACCCUGAAUCCCUGCGUUACUGAUUUCUGUAUGAAAUAACUGUUCAGCGUGAAGAGUCUAGUCUUUUAAUUACAAUGUUAGUCCUCUAAAAAUCAUGCAUCGUAUUUUCUUCUGAAUGUUUAAUGCUGGUAGCCACCCUUGCAAGCUGCCUAUCUAACAAGAUAACAAUCUUCUGUUUACAGUUUUUCACUCAAAAUUAGAGGAUAGUAAUUCAAAGAUAACAGAAGAACAGAUUGAAAUGGAUAGAGAGAUAUAGGAAAAGAAACAGAAAAGACAAGUUGGUUGGGAUAAGCUUAUUUAAAAGCUAAGGUGACAUGCAUGAAAAAAAAUACCCCAUAUAGUUCCUAGCACCAUUGGAGAAUCAGGAGAAUGGCACUGGAAUGGAAAAUGUUUCAGAUGCGUUUCCUAAUGCGCAAAAUAAUUUGUGUUUAGAAGUGUGUGCAUGUUGUGAAAUACAGGCAGGUGGAAGGAAGGGAUAAUUUCAUAAUCUCUUCAAAAAGGAUUUCACUAUAUGCAUGUUAUUAUUCAAACAAUUUAUUUUCUGUGCUAAUGGCUAUUUAGCUUAGUUUCUGCUUUCAAACAAAUGUGCUCAAAGCCUGCUUUAAACGUGUGUGUUCCUAAAGCUUUGAAAUGCUUUAGGAAUGCCUGAGUCAUUACAGGUUUUAUUUCAUGUUGAUGUUUGGGUUAGGGAAGGGGUUUUUUGGAGAGAGUUGUUUCUGUUAUUUUCUUUGAUGGAUGUAAUUAUGGCAGUUCCGGAAGGAUGCAAUUCUUGGAGUGGUUUGUUGGUAUCUUAUGCUGCUUAGGUAGAAGCUAUGGGUAGGAGUUUCCCUCCCUGCUAUAUC